AUGACCCACCAAACUCACUCCUACCAUAUAGUAAAUCCUAGCCCUUGGCCCCUUACAGGAGCUCUCUCAGCACUUCUAAUAACAUCAGGACUAAUUAUAUGAUUCCACUUUAACUCAAUUCUCCUACUCGCUUUAGGCUUACUAACAAUUAUCUUAACAGUUUCCCAAUGAUGACGAGAUGUAAUCCGAGAAAGCACCUUUCAAGGUCACCAUACACCAACAGUCCAAAAAGGACUUCGAUAUGGCAUAAUCCUAUUCAUCUUAUCUGAAGUUUUAUUCUUUACAGGCUUUUUCUGAGCCUUCUAUCACUCAAGCCUUGCCCCUACUCCUGAACUAGGUGGAUGUUGGCCUCCAACAGGAAUUUAUCCCCUAAAUCCUCUAGAAGUCCCACUUCUCAAUACAUCUGUACUACUAGCCUCUGGCGUAUCCAUCACCUGAGCUCAUCAUAGCCUUAUAGAAGGAAACCGUAAACAUAUACUCCAAGCCCUCUUCAUCACAAUUAUGCUUGGUAUUUAUUUUACUCUACUACAAGCAUCAGAAUAUUAUGAAGCCCCCUUUACAAUCUCAGAUGGAAUCUAUGGAUCAACAUUCUUUGUAGCCACUGGCUUUCAUGGACUACAUGUUAUUAUUGGAUCUACUUUCCUUAUUGUCUGCUUUCUACGCCAAAUAAAAUUUCAUUUUACAUCAAGCCACCAUUUCGGCUUUGAAGCCGCUGCUUGAUACUGACAUUUCGUAGAUGUCGUAUGACUAUUUCUCUACGUAUCUAUCUAUUGAUGAGGUUCAUA